UGAUGUUUCAGGUUCAGGGUCAUGUUCAGGGCUGUUGUGUGUGUUUKUAUGUAAAGUGUGUGUUUGGCUCUGGCCUGUGGCUGGAAGCCCGUGGUAAUCUGUGGACUGUGUGUGAAUAGAGCUGUGUAUCAGURCAGGGGAUUAGCAUAAGAAUGGGAUAUGUGUAUGUGUAUGGGGUCGCUCAUCUUCACCAGCUGCUUCUCCAAACACAUGAUGGUGGUUAACCAGUCGCUCCAUCCAGCGCUUUGUUCCUAUCUACCAAAUCCCACAAAUCCCAGGCCUUCUCAGAUCUGUUUAUUUGUGUAAGAACCUGAUGAGAAUAUGGAGAAGAACUACACCUUUCUGUACUUUGCAUACGGGAGUAACCUCCUGAAGGAACGYCUCCGGCUGAAGAAUCCUUCUGCAACGGUUCACUGCGUGGCGAGGCUGAAGGACUACAAACUGGUGUUUGGAAACCACAAAGGCCUGGCCAACGAGCGGUGGCACGGCGGCGUGGCCACCAUCGAGCACAGCCCAGGAGAUGAGGUGUGGGGGGUGGUGUGGAAGAUGAACYUAUCUGAUCUGGAGUCACUGGACAAUCAGGAGAAUGUGAGGUUAGGGGCCUACAGUCCCGUGGAGCUCUCUGUGAAGACCAAAGGUCAGGAGAUCAGCUGUCGUACCUACAUCAUGAACAGCUGUGUUUACGCUCCACCCUCUCCACAAUAUCUUCAGGUGAUCAGGAUGGGAGCAGAGCAGAAUGGKCUGCCAGAUGACUACCAGGAGAAACUUCGAGCCAUCAGAACCAACAUGUAUGAAGGUCCCCUCCCAGUGAUGUCUGAACUGGACCGAGCCAGAAUACGAGCCAGAGAGAAGGAAAACCAUCAUUCUGACCCACWGUGACCUAAAUGAUUUACCACACCUACAACUGAACCAGAAAUGUUUCUGAGCUCAGCUUCUGGACCAGGCUCUGUUCUGAGACAGAACACAUCAGWGUAUUUAAGAACAAUAUUUGUUGCUGUCUUCUUCCCAACAACAGUUGCGUCUGCUCGUUUGUGUCUUAGUUUGUUACUGGAAUCAAUUCUGAUCUGACAAAAAUUAAUAAAUAAGUAUAUAAAAUUAAAUGAAAUCGAUCAAAUAAAGAGCACAGAGAGAAAAAACGAGACAAACAAAAUUUAAAUAGCCAUAAUUUUCUGUGAACCCUCCUUCAAA